CGCUGCUGAAAGCCGAGAGGAAAGUGGAUCUGAACCGGCGGCCCCGAGUGGCAGUAGGAAUCUUGCGUUAAAGAGACGUUAUCUGUGCUCCUCUCAGCAGAUGCUGCCAGACCUGCUGAGUUUUUCCAGAGUUGAUGAUCCUCCAGCUGCAGUUGAUGUUUGUCUGUGUCCCCCUGGGAACAGCCAUAAGUAGAAAGUCCUGCAUCACAGAACCGCUCAGGAUGAAUCUCGACAAAAAACCUUCUUUGCAAAGACCCUUUCCAGAAGAAGGUGAACUAUGGUCUCUUCCCCACCACAGUCACCUCAACGGCAAUGUACAGUGGAGGUGAGACUCUGGGUAUGUAGGAAGGAUACUGCCUGAUGAACCUGAACUUCUGCUUUCAGUCCCUGUCUAGGUUUCAACUUCUGUUACAACAGGAUGAGAAGAAGUUUUGGUGGCUGUCUUGACAUUGUUGCAGAUGGAGUUGCUUUGUUAAAGAAAGCUGGCAUCAAACCAAGCAAGAAUCCUGUCCAUCAUAAUUUCAUUACAUCAGAGGAACAGUUGGCUGAAAGCUUUGCAUACUUCUUUCCUCCUGGAGCUGCAUCUGAACGUUUUAUUUCCAAUGAAACACUGUUUCGUGAGUUGGUGAAAGCCACUCAGGGUCUCCCUCGCGUACGAUGGUCAUUAGGUGGAAAUGCACCAGUCAUGGCAAAUCGCCUUGCCAAGGAAGGGUGUGAAGUCCUCAUGGGAAGUCAUCUUACGCCUGACCUUAUUGAGGUCCUUCAGGAGCAUGUGACUGUUACAAGCAAACCAGUAGAUGAAACUGACAUUCAUCUAAUUCUAGAGUAUUCAACUGGUGCCAAAUGGGGGAAGCUGGUGUCUAGACGAGCAAACAGGUUCAUAGUCCACCAUGACUCAUCUAAUCCCAUUUUGGAGUCACUCGAGGACUUUCAGGAACAACUCCAGCAAUUUAAACCAUCUCUACUGAUAAUUAGUGGGCUUCAAAUGAUGGAUAAUUUUCCCUUUAAGCCAGGUCAACUUGAGGAGCGGCUAAGAUUGCUCCAGGAUCUCAUGUUAUCAGUUGAUAGCACCACUGGAAUCCAUUUUGAAAUGGCCUCGUUUGUGGACAGCAAUCUUAUGAGCAAUCUUUUCAAUUACGUCAUCACUCAUGUAGACUCUCUAGGAAUGAACGAACAGGAGUUACCUAAUCUUCUUAGCAUGUUAAAUGGCUCCAACAUCACACUCCUGUCUGACCCAUACCCAAGAGUAGCAAAUAUACUGGAUCAAAUGCGGGAUGUUUAUCGUGUCUUAAAUUCUCAGGGAAUAACAAGCACACACCGCAGGUUGACUCGGCUGCAUGUUCAUACUCUUGCUUUCCAGGCAAUCAUUGUUGCUAAAGAAUCCUCUUGGAGAAACACCAUGUCAGCAACUGCCAAAGCUUCAUUGACUGCAAAUCGUCAUGUUUGUGGCUCACCGAACAUUGAUACCAGCAAAGCCAAAUUGAUCAUGGAUGAUUCUUUUUCUGUAAGUCGUGAGCAAGGGAGUAAAAAAAUACCACUCAAAGAAAAUCGGCCCGUUUCUUGCUGGGAGGAGUAUGACUACGAAAUCUGUGUUGCUCCAGUGCUGGUAUGUACUGAGGUUUAUCAGACUGUGGGUGGCGGUGACAAUGUUUCUGCAGCCAGUUUGGUUCUUCAGAUCUAGUAAUUUCUCUGGAUCUGAAGGGAAGGAGGGUAGAACUGGCACACAUUUCAAUCCUUGCAUAUUCCUUUGAUGACGGAGCUUAAUAAAUUUUUAUGCUUACAACUUCCUUCCACCUCUUCUUCCCCCCACCCCCAAAACUUAAAUUGGUAAUGUUCUGUGUAUACUUUACUUUGGCCUCUUUUUAUAAUCAAAAUUCAGGUUUUUGGGCAUUGUUUAAGAACACAUGCUUAAAUGUUUAUUUUUCACAAUUUUUGUAUAAAUUACAUGAUCCUUGUGUUUGUAAGAGAACCUUGAUUUAUAUUUUUUUUUUUACUACUUCCAUACUCUUGGCUAAAUAUUGAAUAGUGCGUAUGCUGUAUAGGUCUCAACUCCUCCAUUUUCUUUAGGAAUAUUCUGCACUCAAGCCAACCACUGCACUGCGUUCUGAAUAUAGAGCUUGGUGCAACAAACAAAUUCCACCUUCAUUUUCAGUCAGUAUUUUAAACCCUCAUGGCUGUCAAAAGUGACCAGUUGAAACUAUGAACUAAGUCUGACUGUUCUCAGGUGAAAAUACAGCCUUCUGCCACUUUUUUUUCUUUAACCUUUCCUCCUGAUAGGAUAUUUUGCACCGUCUAGUUUUCUUUGGAUCCCUAGUUGUAUAUAUGCUAAUUGCUCCUACUUUGACUUUACCAGGUGUAUGAGGCUAACUCUUCCAGAUGCUCAAGUAGUUGGGUCCAAAUCAAUCAAGUGGUUCUUUUCUGUUUUCUUAUUUUAUUUCCAGUGAUCUGCUGGAUUCAGUUCCAGGAGCACUGGCAGCUGUUUGGAACCUCAUCAAAAUGGCCUAGUGAGCCUAGAUAGUCUAUUUGACCAAGGGCAGAGGAAGUAUGGAAGGCAGUCAAGUUCUGUUUGACCCCAUCUUUCUUGAAACAUUUUCAAUCAACCUGAUUCCUGUGGAAUCACAAAAUUGAGUGGGAACACCGACUGUUAUCUCCACUUCAGAACACUGCAGCCUAUCAUGGUAUUUCUGCCAUUGCUGAGAAAAGCUAAUUUGGCAUGACCGGUGAUUUUUACGGGUAGGUAUUUUCUAGUUUAUGGUUUGGUACCUUCCUACGUGGUGCAUUUGGCCACAUCCACCUCUGAACCCCACAGAUUUCAGUUAAAAUGACAUGGCAAGUCUGAUCUAAACUGGGAGUUCUGUAAUAGGGAGUCUAGCACUCAACUUGCAAACUGCUGGACACUGUCACAAUUCCAGCUGAAUUUCCUGUAAUUUCAGCAGAAAACAGAAUUUUGCUGACUGCUUUUAUUAUGUAUAUUUAAGGAACCAGAGGUGAAUUGUCUUUUUUUAAAUGUAGCAAAAUGUGCAAGUAUAAAGCAGUAUUCCUUGUUUUAUACUAGUUUAAUUUAUCAUUAAAUUAACAAAGGAAAGUGUGUUAAACUACCAUGAUAAUGUGAAUGCAUCUAUACAGGAAAUUACAAAAAUCAAACUGUAUUUCGCGCUGAUAUUACUAAAUUCACAAUGUUGCAAAAGAAUAAAAGGAUAAUAAAGUGAUUUAGCUGAGUUUCAUUAGUGUUGAAAUUUCUUCUAAAGGGGAAUCCAGAUCAAGGGGACAGUUUUAAAAUUUAGAGCUAUGCCAGUUAGGACUCAAAUCAGGAAGCACUUUAUCCACACAGUGUAGUGGAAAUCUGUAGCUCCUUUUCCUCCCACCCUCAAGGCUGUGGCUGCUGUGUCAUUUGAAAAAUUCAGGACAGUGUAUGAUUUUUUUUAUUAGAUGAGGCUUUACAGGAAUAUGGAGCAAUCAGAUAAAUGGUACUGAAAUACAGAUAAAAUUGAUCACCACAAUCUAAUUGAAACAGUAGCAGAGGUUUGAAGGACUUGUAUAACCUGUUCGUGUUUGCUGUAGAUGUGAUUUAAUAAAGCAUCAAAGAGAUAAUUGCUAAAAGAAAUUGAGGUUAACUGAAAAAUACGCAACAACUAGAAAACACAGUCAGCGUAAUACCAGUGUUGCUGUGGAAGUUUGGAAGCUCAACACUGACUUUGCCAUGGCAGUGAAUUUACUAGAUUUUUAAUAAAUCUAUUAAGUGCCUUGAGAUAUUUUAUUGUAUUUUAAAAGGUGCUAUCUAAAUACAAUUUGUAUAAAAUUGCAAUUUUUAACCUACUGGACAAAGUUUUCUGUGCUCAAGUACAUAUGGAAAGUUUCUUGUUCUCUUUCCAUCCUGCCCCCACUCCCCCAACCUGAAACAGACUGCUUUGCUAUUAAAUAAACUUUACAUUGAGUAAAUACCUCAGCAUUUUGGCCUCAUUGUUUGAAGUAAGUCCAGAAUCUGUCAAGAGCUACAUUUAAUUGAAGCUAGUUAUUGCAAACAAACUUGAUAAUACGCUGACACUUAAUAUGCUAAACUGGAUAGUUUUUGUUUUGCAUUGAUCAUUUUUUUAAUCAGCAUUUGUUCAUAAGUCCAUGCAACUUUUUUUUAAAGAAAAUUAUGUAACUAUACCUUUUGGCAGGGAGACAUCAUUAAUGCUUGCAGUAGCAAAUAAUAAACUGUCAGUUUUUUAAAGAAUAUAUUUUACCUUCAAUAAAGAUCAUAGUUCAGCCAUUCUGUGAAUAUGAAGCUUAGAAGCAUUUUAGUUAACUUUUUCUUCGAUCCAAGUGCUGAAAUUUAAUUGUGAACUAUCUAUUGCCAGGUCAUGUUAUUGGGUUAUGGUUAUUCUUACUCUCUGUAGUAACUUACUUUCAGUGAGCAAUUCUGACAGCUAUAUGGGGUUCUUCACACAACAAUGUGUUCAAAGUAUAAAUAUCUCAGAUGAUUAAUGAAGCCCUCAAUGACCACUUUGACUAUUAUAAUUUUGAAGCUGAAAUGACUUUGGUUUGAACUACUUGGGAUGUCUUUGACCACCAUAGAAAUGCACUAAUUUGUCAACAAUGUGAAAUAAAUAUUUUGGGUUUAUCCAAUAACUUGUUGCACAAGUGUACACAAGUGUAAUAACUGCCUGUUCACUUGAGUGACACCUACACAGGGAUCCUGGCUCCUGAAAGUGCUUAGUUCCUAUUGUGGUAGGCAAUCAUCCUCAUUUGAAUAAAUCCAGGGGUACUUACAGAUGAGCUCUGAACCAUUGAGUGAAGCCACAUUAGCUGGCUUUGAUAUAUUCACAGAUUUAUACAAUAAGAUGUGACCUUGCGGAAUACUGCCUCACCAUUCAGAAUAGAGGCACAGAUGAGCAGAAGAUUAUGGAAUACUGUACAUUGUAGUGGAUCAUAGUCUUCUGGUGAGAACAUGAAGAAAUUGAACUAUUUGCUUAAAUAUUUGGCUGUUUUUGUGGCAUGACCUAAAGACUGAAUUAUCGUGUCAGCCAUUGUAAUGAGCUGCUUUAUCCUUUCAGAUGAAAUAUUCUUUUCUGUUAUUUUUCCUGUUGUGCUUGAUUGUUUCCAAUAAAAUAAUUCUGAAUA